AUGGGCGCCAACCACAGCCGUGAAGAUCUGGAUCUCUCCGACACCGACGAAUCCGAUUCCGAAUCCCAGGAAACGACCCACCAAGAAUCCGAAUCCGAAGAAUUAUAUGGUACCCCCUCUUCCCAUCCCUCCGACCGCAAACGCGCCGAUCCCAAAAUGCCGUCGUCCCUCGAUGAGGUUGAAGCCAGGCUGAAGGCUCUCAAACUCAAGUACAGUAGCAACAACAUUAACCCGAAGAACGCCGUGAAGCUAUACCUCCACGUAGGCGGCCACACCACGACCUCCAAAUGGGUCGUCUCCGAGAAGCUCGCGCCAUAUGUCUUUGUUAAGACGAACGGUGGUAACGAAGAGGAUGAUGAUGCUGGUGGUGAUUAUUCUGAGAAUGAAGGAGGAUCUGACCCGAACUCGUGGUGGGUUCUGAAAAUUGGGUCGAAGGUGAGGGCCAAGGUCGACGAAAAUCUGCAGUUGAAGGCGUUCAAGGAACAGAGGCGGGUGGAUUUUGUCUCAAACGGUGUCUGGGCGGUGAAGUUCUCCAGCCUUGAAGAGUGGGAGGGUUUCACCAGGAAAUAUCAGGAUUGCCUGUUCGAAAACACUCAUGGGUAUGAAGCUAAUGACGAGAACAAGCUGAAGGUCUACGGGAAGGACUUCAUCGGGUGGGCCAACCCCCAGGCCGCUGAUGAUUCCAUGUGGGAGGAUGCAGAGGAGAGUCUGACGAGGACUCCUCCCUUCAAAACCCCCGUAAAAAGGGUGGGCCAUGACUUGACCGAGGAGUUAGAGGAGGCUGCCGCUGAUGGUGCGGCCAUUCAGAGCUUGGCCUUAGGUGCUCUGGACAACAGUUUCCUGGUUAGCAACUCGGGCAUUCAGGUCGUCAGGAACUAUAGUCAUGGGAUUCAGGGGAAGGGCAUAUGUGUCACCUUCGAUGGGGACGGCAAAUUGGGUUCGAGGAGAGGCACAGGUGCCGGCUCCAGCUACUUGACCCCAAGAAAGGCCCUUCUUAUGAAGGCCGAGACUAACAUGCUCCUCAUGAGCCCCAUGGAUGAUGGGAAACCACAUUCGAGUGCCCUGCACCAGCUAGACAUUGAAACCGGAAGAGUUGUUAGCGAAUGGAAGUUUGAGAAAGAUGGCGCUGACAUCUCGAUGAGGGAUAUCACAAACGACAGCAAAGGGGCUCAGAUGGACCCCACAGGAUCGACUUUCCUGGGAUUGGAUGACAAUAGGCUGUGCAGGUGGGACAUGCGUGAUCGGAGGGGGAUGGUCCAGAAUAUUGUGAAUGAGAGCACUCCUGUUUUGAACUGGACUCAAGGGCACCAGUUUUCAAGGGGGACGAAUUUCCAGUGUUUUGCAGCCACUGGGGAUGGGUCGAUUGUGGUGGGGUCGCUUGAUGGAAAGAUUAGAUUGUACUCGACGAGCUCCAUGAGGCAGGCCAAGACUGCUUUCCCAGGCCUUGGUUCGCCUAUUACUCAUGUUGAUGUUACCUAUGACGGGAAGUGGAUUUUGGGAACUACUGAUACGUACUUGAUUCUCAUAUGUAGUCUGUUCACGGAUAAAGAUGGGAAUACAAAGACUGGUUUUGCUGGCCGUAUGGGGAAUAGGAUCUCGGCUCCCAGACUAUUAAAGCUAAAUCCCUUGGAUUCACAUAUGGCUGGAGCUAACAAGUUUCGUAAUGCUCAGUUCUCGUGGGUCACUGAGAGCGGGAAGCAGGAGCGUCACCUGGUUGCCACUGUGGGUAAGUUUAGUGUGAUAUGGAACUUCCAGCAGGUGAAGGACGGAUCCCACGAGUGCUACCAAAAUCAAGUGGGCUUAAAGAGCUGCUAUUGCUACAAGAUAGUCCUGAAGGAUGACUCGAUUGUGGAAAGCCGUUUCAUGCACGAGAAAUUCGCGGUGAGCGACUCACCUGAGGCUCCACUUGUGGUGGCUACCCCAUUGAAAGUCAGCUCCUUCAGCAUAUCUAGCAGGCGGCUGCAAAUGUGA